AUGGCAGCUUCAUAUUCGUUGCGAUUAUUUAGACGAGCAAUUCUCUUGUCCUCUUACGCGCGUAAAUGGUCAGAUCGACUUAUAGACCGAGAGGUUGAAUGGGCAGUAAAAGAAGAAGAGAAGACCCGGGGACUGAGGGGACGAAGUUUUAUGGUCGGUCACGAAGACGUCGAGAAGGAAGGAGCGUGGGUGGGCAGGUUGGCGGAUGUGCUGGCCCAGGGGGAAAGGAUCGAGGCUGUCUCCUUCCCGUCACGACCGCAGGGAGCCUGGGCAGUGAGGCACCAAGCAUUUGCAGCUGUUGAAGACGGCGAGGCGAGAGGCAAUUGUCUGGCCCCUGAAGAGACAGGAUAA